CGAGGUAGACGCGGGAGGCGUAGGCGCUGAGCGCCUGCAGCCGAAGCUCGGGCCCGGGGCAAAAUGUUUCAAGAUGAGCUUCGUGGCCUGGGGGCGGCCGAGGUUGGGGCCGCCCGGGAGGCACUUCAGGCCCUUUGUCAGGAACUGAACCUAGACGAGGACAGUGCAGCCGAAGCCCUGGGCGACUUCAUGGCCAUUCGCAGCACCUACAGCCUGGAGGGAGAAGUUGUACAUUGGUUGGCAUGUGCAUUAUAUGUUGCUUGUCGGAAAAGUGUUAUUCCUACGGUUGGAAAGGGCAUCAUGGAAGGAAAUUGUGUGUCACUGACCAGAAUACUCCGGUCAGCCAAAUUGAGUUUAAUUCAGUUUUUUAGUAAAAUGAAGAAGUGGAUAGACAUGGCAAACCUGCCACAAGAAUUUCGUGAGCGCAUAGAAAGGCUGGAGAGAAACUUUGAGGUCUCAACUGUGAUUUUCAAAAAAUUUGAACCAAUUUUUUUGGACAUAUUUAGAAAUCCAUAUGAGGAUCCACCAAAGUUGCCACGGAGUAGAAAACAGAGACGAGUUCCUUGCACUGUUAAAGAUCUCUUUAACUUCUGUUGGACACUCUUUGUCUAUACCAAAGGUAACUUUCGUAUGAUUGGAGAUGAUUUAGUAAAUUCUUAUCAUUUACUUCUGUGCUGCUUGGAUCUAACUUUUACAAAUGCCAUUAUGUGCCCAAAUAGAAAAGAUUUGCUGAAUUUGUCAUUCAAAGGUUUGCCACCUGAUUUUCUUACUUCUGACUUUAGAACCUCUGAAGAACCACCUUGUAUUAUUGCCACACUCUGUGAACUGCAUGAUGGACUUCUGGUAGAAGCAAAAGGGAUAAAGGAGCAUUAUUUUAAACCAUACAUUUCAAAACUAUUUGAUAGAAAGAUUUUAAAAGGAGAAUGUCUCUUGGAUAUUUCCAGUUUUGCAGAUAAUAGCAAAGCAGUAAAUAAGGAAUAUGAAGAAUAUGUUCUUACAGUUGGUGAUUUUGAUGAAAGGGUUUUCUUGGGAGCGGAUGCAGAAGAGGAAAUUGGAAGUCCUCAGAAGUUUACAGGUGAUACCCCUACAGGAAAAUUGAUUGCAAGAGUCCAUGUGGAAUGUAACCUUCAGCAGCAUUUUGCAAAAAAAAGAUCUUUUGCCCCUUCUACUCCACUGACUGGACGUCGGUAUCUGCGGGAAAAAGAAGCUGCUACUACUCCUGUAGCUUCAGCAACCCAAAGUGUGAGCCGAUUACAGAACAUUGUAGCUGGACUGAAAAAUGCACCAAGCGAGCAACUUGUGAAUAUUUUUGAGUCUUGUGUACGUAAUCCUAUGGAAAACAUCAUGAACAUAGUAAAAAGCAUUGGAGAAGCUUUUUGUCAACACUAUACCCAGUCAACAGAUGAGCAACCAGGAUCUCACAUAGAUUUUGCUGUAAAUCGACUAAAAUUAGCAGAGAUUUUAUACUAUAAAAUAUUAGAGACCAUAAUGGUUCAGGAAACACGACGACUUCAUGGAAUGGACAUGUCUGUUCUUUUGGAGCAGGAUAUAUUUCAUCGUUCUUUGAUGGCUUGCUGUUUGGAAAUUGUGCUGUUUGCAUAUAGUUCACCUCGUAGUUUUCCCUGGAUCAUUGAAGUUCUUGAUCUAAGUCCGUUUUACUUUUAUAAGGUCAUUGAAGUAUUGAUUCGGUCCGAGGAAGGGCUAUCAAGAGAUACAGUAAAGCAUCUUAACAGCAUUGAAGAACAGAUUCUAGAAAGUUUAGCAUGGAGCAAUGAUUCUGCAUUGUGGGAUGCUCUCCUCAUUUCUGAAAAUAAAGUUCCUACUUGUGAAGAAGUCAUAUUUCCUAAUAACUUGGAGAUAGGAAAUGUUCAAGGUCAUCUCCCAAUGAUGCCGUUGUCUCCCAUAGUGCACCCUCGUGUAAAAGAAGUUAGGACUGACAGUGGGAGUCUUCGACGGGAUAUGCAGCCAUUAUCUCCGAUAUCUGUUCAUGAGCGUUACAGUUCUCCUACUGCAGGAAGUGCUAAGAGAAGACUUUUUGGAGAGGAUACUUCCUCAAAACUGUUUGCAGACAAAACUGCAACAGAAGGAACCAAGUUGAAAAUUGCUUCAUCUUCAAGUAUUAUUGCUGAAAAUGUAUCUGUUUUACCUGGACAGAAUCUUCUAACUGUGACAUCAGCUGCAGUAACAGGAACAACGGGACAAAAAGUUACAAUUCCAUUGCAUGGUAUUGCUACUGAUACAGGAGGGAUCACAGUAAUACCUAUGUCAGUGAAUUCAAGUGAGCAAACUAAUGUGGACAGCCCUGUGCAAAUACCAAUUACUGCUCAGUCAUUAAGUUGUACUUCUCCAAAACAGACCCAUGCAACAAAAUCUCUAGAAAUGCAGCAGGCAGGAGUAAGCCGACCAAAAAGAACUGGAUCCCUGGCACUGUUUUAUAGGAAGGUCUAUCAUUUGGCAAGUGUACGUUUACGUGAUUUGUGCUUAAAACUAGAUAUUUCCAAUGACUUGAGAAGGAAGAUAUGGACAUGUUUUGAGUUCACAUUAGUGCAUUGCUUUGAUCUAAUGAAAGACAGACAUUUGGAUCAGCUUCUCCUAUGUGCUUUUUACAUUAUGGCAAAGGUAACAAAAGAAGAAAGAACUUUUCAAGACAUAAUGAAAAGUUACAGGAAUCAGCCCCAAGCAAAUAGUCAUGUUUAUAGAAGUGUUCUGUUGAAAAGAAUUCCAAGAGAAGUUAGCACAUAUGAUAAAAAUGUAAAAGAUACUGAAAUGACAGACUGUGAUUUAGAUUGUGCAAAAAUAUCAGACAGUUCCACAGGAACAAUGAAAGAGGAGAGGGGUGAUCUUAUCAAAUUCUACAAUGAGGUUUUUGUAGGAAGAGUGAAAUCAUUUGCACUAAAAUAUGAUUUGUCAAAUGAAGAUCAUGUGAUGGAAGCUCUACCUCUCUCUCCUUUCCCAAACAUUAAGCAGCAGCCAGUGUCACCUCGUCGGAUUUCUCAACAACACUCCGUUUAUGUAUCCCCUCACAAGAAUGGAGCCUGCCUUACCCCAAGAACAGCUCUCCUCUACAGGUUCAAUGGUAGUCCUUCCAAGAGUUUGAAAGAUAUCAACAAUAUGAUUAAACACGGUGAACAAAGAAGCAAGAAACGAGCAUUAACCAUUGAUGGUGAUACCCAAUCACCUACUAAACGCCUCUGCCAGGAAAAUGAUGAUGUAUUACUGAAACGACUACAAGAUGUUGUCAGUGAAAGAGCCAAUCAUUAACACUCAUGUGGUUUCAAGAAAAAAAUCAAAUUCAGGUCAGUUCCCCAUUUUUUGAAAGAUAGGCAUUCCUUUGGAACAACCAGUUCUGCACCAGAGUCUCUUGGGACACCCUGUACCAAAUGGUGUGGAAAUAGAAUGAGUUCAAUACUUUUUAUAUUUUUAUUUUUCCAAAAUGUGGCAUAAGAAAAAACUAUGCUUGUCAUUGGAACCUUUAAUCUAUAAUUGUCUUGAUUCAAAUACUUGAUUGGUGUUGUCAUCCACUAUAUUGAAAUUUUCUUUCUUAAGCCAUUAAGUAUAUGUAUCAGAUGCUCUUUAGGGGGGCAUAUUACAUUCAGGUGAAAUUUUAUACCCAUUAUCAUAUUUGGGAUUAGAGCUAGAUGAGUAACAAAGUAAACCUUAAGCCAUAAGGAUAUACUUUUAGAGGGAAAUGUUGUGUGCCUUUUUUCAUUUGUUAUAUAGAAUCUCUCACUGUUUUUAGGUUAGUGAAACAGGGAGAAAAUUGAUUGUAAAUAAUGCUCUUAAGAAGUUUUGAGCCAAACUUGUGUUCUGUUGUAAAUGUAAGUAACCUAUUUUUUAUAAUGUUAAGAAUACUUUUAGCCAAAGCUUUUAUAGAUUUCAGUUGUCAUUCUAAAACAGGAGUUGGCAAUCCUCCUCUAGCACUUGUGCCAAGAGAUGACAGGCCACAGAACUACAAGAUCUUUAAAACUGGAUUUGAUUUCAGAGGCCAUGGUCCAACCUAUACCUUAGUAGGGAUCUCUGCUACAUCUCCACCAAGUGAUCAUCUACUCUUCACCAGAAGACCUUCAGUGGGGGUGAACCUACUACUUCCUCCAGCAACCCAUUCCACUUUGGGAUGUUCUCCUAGUUAGGAAGUUGAGCAGAAAUCUACUUUUGUGUGCAUCUAUUUGUUGUACCAAGUUCUGCUUUCUGGGCUAAAGUAAAACAGGUCCAGUUCCCCUACUACAUGAUAACCCAUUACUUGAUGAUUCUGUUCUUACUAAAUUUUCUCUUCUUCAGGAAAAAAAUCCCAUUUUCUUUGGGAGACCAAUUCAACUUGCUCCAGCUUAUUAUCAGGCAUCCCAAAAUGUCAAAAGGAAAACGAAAUUAGUCUGACCUGACCCCUAUUCUCCAUGAAUUUUGAUCAUUAUUUCCCUUUCUAAAUGCUCACAUGUAAUCCUCAAGUUCUAGAAUCUUGCUAGGAAUUGAAAUUUUUUUUUUUUACUAGCUAUCAUUUGGUAUAUAGUCUGUGUGUGUGAACAAACCAAUGUUGAAUACUUUUUAAACUCUAUCCAGAAAUUGAAAUCUUGUUCUCAGAGAGCAGCUUAAAUUAGAUAAUUUACUUCCAAAUCUCAAUAUUUCUUUGGAAACUUCUACAUUAAUGGAGAGAUGAAAAUACAUAUAUCUUUUAAAGUUUAUAGUUUCUUGCCAAAGACUGCAUAAAUUUUUAUCAAUGUUUACUAGAUUUCUUUUAAUGAUAUAAUUUAUCCAUCUAUUGAAUCAUCUGGAUUAGCACAUUUGACACUUUUCAGAACAGCUUGAACAUCCUUGAAACUAUUUCCCAAAAAGAUACCAAAGCUUUCUGUUGUCUUCUACAGUUUGAUAUCCCUCAGCAGGGUGUAACCAGCAACCACAACUUGUCUCAUUACAGAUUUUUGAAUGGAUGACUUUUCUGAUGUGUCUUGGGAUCCAUAGGUGUGGUGUUUGUCUCUAUCAACUCUAAUGACUUUGUUGUUUGUAAAGAUUCCAACACAUUAAGAAAUUGUUCCCUAUUGAGUAUUUAGUUCCCAAGUGGAAAGUGCUUUAUACCUUCUGUCUUUUGGUACUGGUUAGAUAGAGCUUGUCAUCUCAAGGUCCCUUCUCAAUUUCUCUUUAAAGAAUGGAGUUCUUCAAAGGGAUACUUUAUUUCCCUUAAAAAACUAGACAUAAAUUCUUCUAGCCUGUCAUGGCAGCCUUUAAGAUAACAUCUGCCACACCUGCUCACUGUUUUCGUGUCUCAGUAACUUUGUUAAGCAUAUCUCUUCUUAGAAGUGACCUUGAAUGGAUGGACAAUUGGCAGAUUCCUCCCAAUUCCUAAUAUAAAUAGCUUUCCUCAUCUGUCUUAUGGGAGUCUAAAGCUGAAAUACCAGGUCAUUUAUUAUAAAACAUGUCACCCUUUUGCUGCUUCUACAGCACUAUCAUUUCAAGACUUUGCCCCAGCUUGGUCACAAUUCUUUUACUUCUGUAUCAAUGAUUAUUUGAUACUAAAACAGCUUGUCAGCAGUUUGCCCCACAUUCACACUUGGGAUGUCUAAAAAAGCCACCAUGGUAAAAAGGGUGUGAUGGGCUUACAGUGAAGCACUUUUCCUGUCUUUGGCCACCCCUUCUUUCUUUAAAGAGCAAUAAAUGCCUUUAAGUGACUUGCCCAAGGUCACACAGCUUUGAACCUCACUCCUCAUAGUCCUUGAAUAAGCCUUACUAGUUUCAACUCAUCAUUUAAAUUAAACUAAGGUUUUAGUUAACAUUUAUGAAAGCAUAAUUUGUGUAGUAUCCGCACCUUUGUAACUGAAAACACAGUGUACAUAUCUUUAUGUAACCUUAGUCAUUAAGUCCUUUCUACUUUAUUGAUAAGCAUGCAAAAGGCCAUGCAUUCACACAAAGAAUCUUUUUAUAGUUUCAAAAAUGUUUGGAUGAAGUUUGUUUAUUCCUUUUGUCUUGUUAUCAAUAAACCAUUUAAAAAUUUUUA